CUUGGUAUAGAUGAAAGUGAUCUGAGGUCCAAAGUACACCUGCCGUGGAAGAAAAAUCUUAAUUUGAGGAUAGAGGAAAGAGCCCAGGCCAUGCAUCAUAAAAUAUUAGAGAAUGAUAAACUGAAGAAGGAACAGGAAAAGAAGGUUACAAAAAAGCUUCCUAGGGACGAGCUGGCUAAAGAGUGGUUCAAUACUGACAGCAUGACCCUCACUACCCGGGCGUACUUGCUGGACAAGCUUCUACCCACCUUGGUUCCUGGAGUGGAACAAAUGCUGAUGCAGGUGGAGAAGAAGAAGCUUCUGAGCCAAGCUGACAUCCCAACCAAGUUUGAUCCAAUUAAUUAUUUGGGGGAAUACUUAAUGAGACACAAUACUCAUUAUAUCAAAGACCCAGGAAUGUCUGGCUACCAGAGGGUGAUGAAAGAGGUCACAGAAGAACUGAAGGUACAUGUUCCUGAUACGAUCAGCAACAGGAUAUCCAAGAUGAAGGAGAAAGUGAAACAGAAGAGAGAGCAAAGAGAGUAUAUAAGCACAGUCAAAGUCAAGGUGGCCAGCAUGAGAAAGCAGGCUCUGCAGGAGCAGUUCAGUGAAUGGAUUCUCAACCCCAAAGGAAUGAUUCCAAUAGUCGUGUACAUUUCUUCGUAUGUUACGGACUUGAAAAGCGAAGUGUUUGAGGAAUUCCUUAAACACCUGUGUCACUGUGCAGAAGAAUUCCGGGAAAUCAUAAAGACUGACAUGCGGAGGCAGAUGUUUGCUGAACUCUUCCUACAGUGUGACAGUGGGAAGGUGAUGGCCUUGGAUCGGCAGAGGACACUGGCCUUGCUGGAAGCGUUCUACGAUCAAAGCUCUUCCACCACUAGGAGUUUACUCCGAAACCCAAGACAAUGGCCAUUUGUCGAAUUUGAGGAGAUAGAGUUGACUGAGUUCUGGGGAGACAUGGAUAUUAAGAAACACAUUUAUGAAGACUUUGAUGCACUGCUCUUAAAGAUGAAUAUGUUAGUUGCUGAAAAACUUGCAGGCAAGCUUCAAGAAAACGAAGAUCUCCCACAACAGCAGGGAGAAAUCAGUACAGAACAAGAACUUUCAUUGGAUUCAACAACGGAGUCAGGAACUGCUGCAAAACCGACCUCACCACAGAGACCCCAGAGAGCGUCACUUACAGGACAAGGACAGGGCAAAGGGCCUCGCAAAUCAUCUGUUUCAAAACAAGGAGCAAACAGAGGGUCAGUGGCAGAGCAAGGGUCCCGAAGAAGCUCGGUAGUGAACCAAACCCGGCAUAGAGGGUCGGUGGCAGAGCAAGGGUCCCGAAGAAGCUCGGUAGUGAACCAAACCCGGCAGAGAGGGUCGGUGGCAGAGCAAGGGUCCCGAAGAAGUUCAGCCGCGGAGCAAGAGCCACAAACAGGGCAAGACUCAAAGAGAGAUUCAGUACCAGAACAAGAAUCACUCGGAGGGCCAGUCACAGAGGAAGGAGCACAGAGAGGGUCAAUUUCAGAACCGGGACAACGCAGAGCAUCAGUAGCAGGACAGCGCAGAAAGUCAUCUGCAGAAGGCGCUAGCAAUUCUUCAGAAGCAGGGUCACGCAGAGGAUCAGUGAUAGAUCAGGGACAGCGCAGAGGAUCAAUGAUAGAUCAGGGACAGCGCAGGGGAUCCGGAGGUCAGCAGCGGAAAGGGUCAGGAGGACGCAAAAUGUCAGCUUCAGAAUAUGGACCACAUCAAGAGUCCAUAACUGAAGAGCCCCUCAAUGAGUCAGAACAAGGACCGCAAAUAGACAUCAUUCAAGAAGAGCAGGAUGCAGCCUCAGCCCCACAAUUAGAAGAAGGCGGGGAAACCUCGGAAUUCAAUAAAAUGGAAUCUCAAGAAAAAAAGCCUUUGCUGCUCAUCAACGAAGAGCAAGUCCCCAUAGAUUCCGAACAGCGUGAAGAAGUUCCCAUAGCCGGCAUAAAGGAACGGCCGUCAGGCAGCCCCAGGAAAGACCACCUUUCAGGAACUUCAAAAAAGGAUUCUCAGAAAGACAAAGCCUGUGAACCAAAGCCCCAACACGUAGAAGGAAAAAAAUGGUCAGGGGAAUUUUUGAUUUGUGACUGGAAGACGAAACAUGUCAAAUCUGAAGAUGAGGAGCAGGCCAAAUUAAUCUGUGAAGACUCCAGAUUCACAGAUCUCCACGCGACUAUUAGGAAUUUUCAGACUUACAAGGGAAUCAAAGGGAGGAGUGCCUUCAAUGGAGUCUCCCUCGAUUUGCUGCAGUUUGUACAGCUCCUAGAGACAUUUGUUGGUGAAGACACCUCCUUUAGCAUCAGCCAGAGCCUCACCUCCUUUUUUCAGAAGAACUAUUCUGAAACAAAGCAAGAGAAAAUUAAAGCCUUAGAACAGGCCAGAAAAAAUUCCUUCCGAAUCCGACGUAGAAUUCUCCUGGAAGCCCUCUUUGAGAAGUGGGACAAUGAUGGCUCAGGCUUUCUGAACCUUAAUGAAGUUGAUGAGCUCCUGUAUACAUAUAAGGAGGGAAUGGAAAGAGAGUCUAUGAAGAAAGCUAAACUGCACAUAAAAUUUCCAAUGCCCAGUCCUGGUCGUGAAGUCAAAUUGUCUUCGAAGCAAUUUCAGAAGUACAUAGAACUGGUCGUAUCUGAACUCAGAGGCAAUGAAGACCAAGUUCUGGAAAGCGUUGUGGAAUUCCUGAUGGGUUCUUUAGAGAGGAGCCACACUGAGGGUCUACGGAACUGUGCAAGACGGAAAUGGCUCCAUCAGAUCCAGUACGCUGCAGAGACAAGUGGGGUGUCCCUGGAGCCGGUGUACACUGAGACCUUCAGGGCCCUCACCCAGGAUGCCGAGGCUCAUGGAAAUAAGAAGAUCAGUGCUCACAUUUCCCUCCUGGAGGAAAAUGUACUCCUGCCUGAGAGAGGCCGAGUUCUCUUGAGGAAUGUGGCUUGUACUCUAGACGAUGCUCCGUUUGUCCUGAACAAAGUGCUCUAUAGGGAUAUGAAGGGAAUCAGCUUUACAGUUGUAGACGAAGGCAAGCUAAUCCAUGUCCCCCAAGUUCAGCACCAUGGAAAUAUCUUCUUCUGGAACAGUUCCCGAAAUAAGAAUGAGCAUAAUGGGUCGUUCCUGGCUCUGCCUCUUCAGGAUGCAUACAUGAGGAUCUUUGGGGUCCUGGCAGUUGACACGCUUCGAGAUCCUCAUGAAAUAAACAUCUUCUUACCUCAUGAGAUCAGAUUCUAUCAGGGCGUCGCCAAUGCCUUCAGCACAGCUUAUCACCACGUUCACAGCAGGGAGCACAUCCUGCACACUGCACUCACUGGCAUCAGGUGGCUCUUCAAUAUCACAUCUGGCAUCGCCACCAUCACUACGUGCUUCAUCGAACCUAGCUCAGAACAGGAAGACUAUGUUUUGCGCAAUAUGAUGGUUACAGACUGUCUUGGUCUAGCAGAAAUCCACACAGAUCCCCCAACCAUCUUGAGGAACUCGUGCAUCUUCAGGGACUUCCUCUUUAAAUGCACAGACACUUCAGAAGUUAUUUUGGCUUCUUCCGGUGGAGAAACCCACAUUGCCAUUCCACUUCGCCAGAGAAGCAAAGAGGCUAUGGGCGUCCUGGAUGUCAACAUUGGCCGGAGUAGGAUGUUGGUGUAUCAAGAGUAUAAGGACCUACAGAAAAUGACGAAGAUGAUCCAAAAUGCUGCCUAUGAAAUACUGGGAGAAGUCUCUGGAGAAAUCGAGAAAACUAUGGUUAUAGAGAUGGAAAACGCAGGCGAGGUGAAGCGGGCAGGGAUUCUUUUCUUCCGCACCAUGCUGCAGGAGCUCCGGGAAUGCCUCCGCCUCCUCGAUUCCAUGGACUUUGUGUCGCUGCUGCUCUAUGAGCAUAAACACCAUGCCGACUUGGUUUUUCAAGGCAUCAGUCCCCAGGAGGUAGAAGCUAACGUGGCACUCGUACACGACAUCCUGAAAGGAGUUAUCUUGUUCUCUCAGCAGGAGAGAGAAUCUUUCAAAGAUGUGGAAGAGUGGGAAAGAUGGAAGUUUCACAUUAACAAGUACUUAGUGGAGGAGAUUUGUGAGCUUGAUCCAACUUCUAGAAAUGUGGAAAUUAAUGUAGCUCUUAUUACAAAAUAUAUCCAAGGUCAUUCUCGAACUGAAGUCUGGAAAUUCAAGAACAUUGUUGUUGAACUCCUGUACCACUGGAUAUGCAUUUGCCUAACUCUCAUAGAGCUUGACUUCCAGCAAGAUAGUUCCAUUGUACCUCCACUGCCCAAGAAGAGCACCACCUCUAUUUAUGCAAUAUCCUCAGAGAGAUCCAUUCGAGAGAAAUUUUAAGGAUUGGUAGCAUAUCGGGAUGUGCUGAUUAACAGCACUGUUGUGUCCAAUGCUGUUAACUGUGAAAUGUUAUCAACUGGAAAGAAUGUUGCAUAGACAUAUUCUGCUCCCAAAGGUGCUACCUAAGGGAGAAACUUUAUCUAAAGAGUAUGCAUGAAUGAUGACCACAACCAAGAGUACCAGAAUAUAUAAUAGAAUGUAUUUUAGUUUGAGCUUUCUGUAUGACAGGAGACUAUUAUGGCUAUUUGGGAAAUUGCUUUUCAUUAAUUUAAAUAGCAAAAUAAAGAUUACUGGUGGUCUGGACAGGAAGAAAUGGCAGCUUUUACAUCAAAAGAG